AUGUCAGGGAGGAGAAACAGAGGCGGAGCAAGUCCUCCUGGACCUGGAGAGAGGCCACCGCCACCCUCCCAGAGCUCCAGGAGGCCGGCGGCCGCCACCUUGGAACAGCGGCUGCGUUCCAGUGUCGAGCGGGAGAUAGACGAGGCCAGCGCCAUGCAGCCCGCCGAGGCCGGACAAGGGAGCUCCUCCCCCGCCCCGGCAUCAUCGCGGCCAAGAUUCUGGCCGCGAGCGCGGCAGGCGGCUAGGAAGGUUCUUGGCAUCAGCAAGAAACCCUCCGCGAGGUCAGCAGCAGGAACCCCGCACGGGCAGGACACGGUACCUGACGCCUCCGGCACGUCGGAGUCGGCGGCCGUGGCGGCGGCAAGAACUGGGACCGGUGAUGAAGCCGGGUCGGAGCAGCAGCCUGUAGAGGUCGCCCCCACGCGGUCUGAGUUCGCCGCCAUGAUGCAAACUGCGUUGGCGAAGAUCCAGGAGGGUGACGCGGCCGACGACCAAGCCAAACGGCAGGCAGCGAUCGCCGCGAUGGAGAAGGCAAUGACGUUCGCCGAGAUGGAGAAGGCAAUGACUGCGUUGAUGAAGAUCCAGGAGGAUGCCGCGGUCGGCGACCAAGCCCAAGGGCAGGCAGCGUUCGCCGAGAUGGAGAAGGCAAUGACCGGCCUCAUGGACCUCUCCCACAAGAAGACAUCGGGACCACCGAAACUCCCUCGCGAUUUCGCUACCAAAUGGCCUCAUAGCGAAGGUGAUCCACUGCUUGAACGAGUAAUGAAAGAUCCUAUUAUAUUGGCUUCUGGAUAUACUGUUGAUAAAUCAUGCCAACAGUGGUCCCUUGCACAGAAAAAUACCUGCCCUGUUACUGGUCACUCCUUGCCCCACUCACUCACUGCUCCAAACCACCUCCUCCAUGACAUGAUUGCUGAGUGGUGCCUCGACCACUCUAACCUUGCCCGCUCCAGCAUUGGACGCUCGCUCCCCUUGGUGCCACCUGCAGAGGAUGAAAUUCAAGAGAUCCUAGAACUGUUCUCAGGGCAUCCAGUACGGCAGAAAGAGGCCUUGCGGAUGCUCAAUCUAAUGUCCAAAACAUCCAAGGGAAUGCAACCUUGCCUUGCCAAGUGGCCAGAGCUGACCCCACUGCUGAUGAAUCUUAGGAAGCACUGGAUGAAUGUAUGGUCAGCUGAUAUUGAGGCGCAGAGGAUCUCAUUAAUCCAUAAUUUGUCCAUGCACAGGCCCAACAGGGAGAUCCUAGCCGGUCAGAAUGAAGUACCAGCUGUUCUAAAGAAUGUCGUCGAGAGGGCAGGAAAGCUUGGACUUUCAGCAUCAUUGUUGGCCAUGGUAGCUUCUAUAAUUGCAACACUGUCAGAGUUUGAUGUGUUCAGGAAAAGAAUGGUGACAAUAGGGGGAAUGAAAAUGCUCAGUGGUCUACUCAAGAUUGAGGAUGAUGUUGUACUAAGGAAGGAGACUGGCGCUGCAAUCCUUGCACUCUGUGCAGAUGAGGAGGCCAAGUUAUCAGCUGCUGUUAGUGACGUGCCUGAUAGGCUGCUCGAAUGCUUCAUGGCCACCGAUGAGUUCCUGCUCCUGCUCGACCGUCUACCAAAAUCUCCAGAGGCGCUGGACAUGAUCUGUGACAAGGCUAUGGAAUUGGUGAAUAUCGUCAUGGAGGAAGAUGCUGGUGGAAUGGUAACCUCUCAGGGCAUCCACUCUGCGAUCUCCUUGAUCUUCGUCAUUACGGAGAGGGAUGUGGGUAAGCUGAAGGUGAAGAACGUGGAGGAUUUCAAGGAGCGGCUGCGGGAGCUUUCGUCCAAGAGAAUACCGAUGCAGACGAUGUUUCAGGUGGAAAAAAUAAUCAAGACCCUGUCAGAAAUGUUUCCAGCUCCUACGACGCAGUUACAGAACCAGUAA